CACCACCGCCGAGCGCCUGCUGUUGGCACGGCGACGCCAUGGAGCGGCUUGAUAAAGCGGCGCUGAAUGCGCUGCAGCCACCCGAGUUCAGAAGUGAAAGUUCACUGGCAUCAACCCUGAAGACACUACUCUUCUUCACAGCAAUAAUGAUAACGGUGCCUAUUGGCUUAUAUUUCACAACCAAAUCAUAUAUAUUUGAAGGUGCCCUUGGGAUGUCCAAUAGGGACAGCUAUUUUUAUGCUGCUAUUGUUGCAGUGGUUGCUGUUCACGUGGUGCUGGCUCUUUUUGUGUAUGUGGCUUGGAAUGAAGGCUCACGACAGUGGCGUGAAGGAAAACAAGAUUAACACGACAUCACCUUUUGAUAGCAUUAAAUCGAUUUUUUAAAAAUACGGUAAAUGCUACUGUGAGCAUUGAUAAUGAGUACAUUUUAUUUUAAUAAAGUUGAAAGAAUAUGUUAAAAAUCAAUCUUAAGGAAUCACAUUUGACCAGUGUACAUUUUGACCCAUCUGAUACAGUGGUUUUUAUAAUCAAUUUUAACUGAGUCUUUCCUUUGCAAAUGAGAAUUUGGAAAGUUAAAUUGGUUACAAAUGGAUAUGUUAAAUGAGGUACACAUUGUUUUGGGAAAUGUUUUAUAGAAGUUUGUCUUUUAGUUGCUUUUCAGUUUUGCUCCUCUGGAUAUAAGAUAGCGUGCAGUGAAGCAAAUCUGGGCUUUGUUUUAAGCUGGAACACUUUCUCUGUCAGGAAAAUAUCAGGAAAAUGCCAGGGAUACAUGCAGACAUACAUAUUUUUUUCCUUGGAAAAACUACCAAGUCGUUGAAAGUGAAAAUCAGAUGGCAGGGUUGAUAUUUAGGGUUCUUACAAAACAGGCUUGCUUUUGAAGCAGUUUUUCCUGUGGUUUUAAGUAUUAACUCACUAGUUUGCUGCUGUUAAUUAUGUUAAACAGCAGUAAUUGACAAAUAGAUUUACUUUUCAAGAUAUUUCACUAGUUUCCCUUUGGAUAAAUACCAGGUCCUUGCAUUUGGGAUUCUGAUUUCCUACAAAAAGUUGCAUAAACUGCAGGCCCUGAGGUUCAUCUUAAUGUCACUGAUGAAUGUACAUAAAGUAUAUCAUUUAAAGGGGAAACUAGACUACAUCCUAACAAGACUGGCCUGUUGCAGGGUCUGGAGAGCAAAGAGGAGCUAAUGGCCACUUUUGUGCUUUCAGACCAGCUUUUCAUGAAGACCUUUACCCCUCAUUCAGCAUUGAAGUUAGGCUUCAGUUAACAGGGUUUUUUGAAAUUCCAUUUCAAACUGUUUCUCCUUUUGCUUUUUUUUUACAUUUCAGUGUACAUGAUAGAAAUUUGUAUUAGAAGUGUUCAUUUUUUGACAUACAUUAAGAUUGUAAUCCUGAAACGGAUCAUCUUUAUCAUCCAAGGGAUAUUCUUGGGAUAUCUGGUCCACUGGUCUCUUUGAUUGGAGCUAAGUUACAUCCUGCAUGUAUAGGUGUAUGGUUAGAUAAUCUAUGAGGUCCUUUUUGAUGGGGAAAAACCCUCCCAAGCCCUGUCAUUUUACUUUAGUACCUUUAGUCUGUGUACUUUAUAGCCACUAGGUAUUUUUUGUGUGCGUUCUGAAAACACUGUCCCCCCAGUUUUCAAUUAUAAAACCAUAAUCUAUGUUCUCUUUAAAAAACUGGAAAAAUGUGUUUUUGAACAGGAAUAAACGUUUUGCAUUGCUUCAUAUACAUGAAAAGUUUGGUGUCGGUUCAAAUCCUGCCACCUUUACCUGUCAGCUAUUUGCCUUUUUAUUUCAGAACAGGGAUUAUUGGCCAUUUAUUUAUUUAUUUUUAUUUUA